AUGGAAGUGAAGUAUGUUCCAAACGGCCUGAAGGACCCUACGAAAUAUACUUCGGAAUGGAACGCGGCCGUGGUCAAAGAUCCUCCUGCCGCUCGCCUAUACUGGACAAUUGAUUGGAAGGAAAGGGAGAAACCUUGGAAAAGAAAGGCGAUGGAUUUUGUUAAUGAGAAACCUGAUGUCCAGCCCAAGAACAAGCUAGCAAAAAGGAAAAGAAAGGAGAAAGUAGAGCAGAAGGUGAAGACAGAAAAGACUGAGAACCGUGUAAAGGCAAACUCCUCAGUCACUAAAAACCCAGUCACUAAAAAAGAAAACAAGCAGAAUUUCAGGAAAAGACUGGGUGUCCCUCAUAAAGAACCUCAGCCUGAGGAGAAAACGAAAAAAAGGAGGAGAACACAAAAAGAAGACAACAAAGUCAAGAUUGAAAAUGCAGCAAACGUUUUUAGUCGCUAUGUUUUGGAUGGUAUGCUGGGAGGAGGGAGCUUCAGUGCCGUCUACCCAGGAGUUCGUAAAUCAGAUGGGAAAAAGGUGGUCGUGAAAUUCACGCCUAAGCGUCCGGGAGAGCAAUAUAUCACUCUUCCCGGUGACAUACACAGUCUUCCUCUUGAGGUGGCGCUAAUGGAGCUCGUGUGCAAGCCGCCUCAGUGUCAGUUUGUGAUAGAGCUGGUGGAAUGGUGCGAGACACCCUCAUUUAUCAUCUUGGUUCUGGAGCGGCCUGACCCCUGUGUUGAUCUCUUCGAAUACCAGCAAACUGUAAACAUGUCUGAAUCACUGGCUCGAACCAUCAUGCGGCAAGUGAUUCAAGCUGCACGUCAUUGCCGUGACCGUGGUGUCUUUCACCAGGAUAUCAACUCUAAAAACAUUCUCGUGAACCCCCAGACAAUUGAAGUGAAGCUGAUCGAUUUCAGCUGUGGUGAUCUGCUUAAGGACACACCUUACAAGGAAUUUAACGGCACCAUGGUUUUCUGCCCACCUGAAUUGGUCAUGGAAGGAGAGUACAAAGCAGAACCUGCCACUGUCUGGGGUUUUGGCCUUCUUCUGUACAACCUGUUAUGUGGUCUUACAAAGAGUGAAAUAGAUUGUUGUGAAGGCCACCUGGACAUUCCUGAUCAUCUGUCUGAAUCUUCCUGCAGUCUGGUGAAGUGGUGUCUGGAAAAAGACCCAAAGAGAAGACCAACCCUCGAGCAGGUCCACUCACAUCAUUGGUUCACAUCAUGAAGAAGUAGCAGAGUUGACUUCAUGCACACUUGAAACUCCCAGAAGCUCCAUGUAAUCUGUUAAUGUCUUUCCUAGCAUGUUAGUUAAUACUGUAUGCACCGAUCAGCCAUAACAUUGUGACUACAUACCUAAUAUUGAGUAGGUUCCCCUGGUGCAACCAAAACUGCUAAAAGGUUAAUGCUGGUUCCAGUAGAAAGUAGUUAAAACACAUAGUGGUGUCACAACACACAGCACGCAGGUGGACUUACUCAGUAUAAGUUGUGUGAUCAUAAUAUUAUGGUUGAUUGGUGUAUAUGUUGCAAUAAAAGUAAAAUUGUGCACAAAAAAACAGUAAAAUGUUUAAAAUAAAAGAAACAGAUAGUUUUGUC